CUCGACCUAAACACACCGAACCGGCUCUACCCGUCAUCAACCCUACCACAGAUCCCGCCGACAGCCAGCAUUCCGCCGCCGCCGCCGCCAUGCUCCGUCUCCAAAAUCGGCUGUUCCCUCUCCUCCGCAACGACAGCGCCUCCCCUCUCCUCGCUACCCUCCACCGCCACCUCUCCGCCGCCGCGUCCAGCUCCGACGGCUCCCCUUUUUCCGUCGAGGACUACCUCACCACCACCUGCGGCCUCACCCGCGCGCAAACCCUCAAGGCUUCCAGGUUCCUCUCCCACCUCAAGUCCCCCUCCAACCCCGACGCCGUCCGCGACUUCCUCUCGGACGUCGGCCUCUCCAGCUCCGACAUCGCCUCCGUCGUCGCCGCCGACCCACGGUUCCUCUGCUCCAGUGUGGACGAGACCCUCGCCCCCCGCGUCGCCAAGCUCCUCGACCUCGGGCUAUCCCCUUCCAAUAUCGCGCGCCUCAUCUUGAUCGCCGCCCCCGCGGUUCGCUCCUGCGACGUCGCCAGCAGGCUCCAGUUCUGGAUCCCACUGUUCGGCUCCUUCGACGACUUCAUCCAGGCCGUGUCAGGGGGUGCUUUGGGAGGCGGUGCCCUCCUAAGGCGUGACAUUGACAUGGUGGUUAAGCCCAACGUUGAGCUACUUCUCAAGUGCGGCUUAACUGUUCGUGAUCUCGCCAAGACUGGCCUCAGUGGGACGUGGGCGCUUGUCUGCAAACCAGACAAGCUCAAGGAGUUGGUCGCACGCGCAGAGGAGCUCGGAGUGCAACGUGGCUCGGGCCAGUUCAUGUAUGCGCUCGCCACCGUCUCCUGCGUAAACCGAGAGAAGAUUGCUGCAAGAAUGGAGUUACUGAAGAAGACACUUGGCUGCUCUGAUGGAGUGGUGCAAAUUGCGAUCGUCAGGCACCCAAGCAUCUUAAGAGCAUCCGAGGACAACCUGCGCAGCACCGUAGAGUUCCUCGUCACCAAGGUCGGUCUCGAGCCAGAGUACAUCGUGCGCAGGCCUGCACUCAUCAGUUACAGCCUGAAUGCGAGGCUGGUGCCUCGGUAUAUUGUCAUGAAGAUACUGCAGGGCAAGGGGCUUCUUAGUUCUGACUAUUGCUCAAUUGUUGUUGCGAAGGAGUCGUAUUUCGUUUCAAGAUUCAUCGACCAUUACAAGGAGACUGUUCCUGAGCUCGAAGAUGUGUAUGCUGCAGCUCGUGCAGGAAAUAUACCCUCUCACCUCCAACCUUGACAGGGCUGCUGCUGAUUUUUUUGGCCAUACCAUGACAAGUUACAUUUGCUGCACUAUAUGGAACAGUGGAAAUUCUGAUUUUGUCGCCCAUUUCUUACAGUUUUGAUUAUAUUGUCAUGAAGCAAUUGAAUUGUGGAAAAUUAAGUAUAGCCCUGACCAAAUAUUGUGAAUCUGUAGGUUGCUCGCUAUAUAACAGUACAUUUGUUCUACUUGAUACAAAAUUUCUAUUUUGAGGUACCAAA